AAACAAAUAGCCUUGACACCGCUGGGAGUACUUCCUGUCACAAACGUCAAAUAUCUGAAUAAUAAUUGUUGUUUUGAAAUUAGCAAAAAUGUCUUUAGCAGGAUUAAAGAAGCAGUUUAAUAAGGCUAACCAGUUCAUGAGUGAAAAGAUUGGUGGAGCCAAAGGCACAGAGCUAGAUGAUGAGUUUAUAGAAAUGGAAAGAAAGAUUGAUGUUAUGGGAAAACUCGCAGAUGACCUCAUCACAAAAACCCAUGAGUUCCUACAGCCAAAUCCUGCAUCUAGAGCAAAGAUGUCUGCAGCAACAUCUAUAGCGAAGAUUAGAGGCCAAGCAAAGAAUUCUCUCUACCCACAACCAGAGGGAACGCUUGGGGAAUACAUGGCAAAACAUGGCACUGACAUGGGAGAGGAUUCAUUAUUUGGUCAGAGCCUGCAGGAGGCAGGGGAGUCAUUCAAGCGUCUCGCGGAGGUGAAAUACUCGCUGGAGGACAAUGUAAAACAGAACUUUCUUGAGCCAUUGUCACACUUACAGGGGAAGGACCUCAAGGAAGUCAAUCAUCACAGAAAGAAGCUGUCUGGGCGGCGAUUAGACUUCGACUGUAAAAAGAGGAAGAAAGAUAAAGAGGGGGGACGGUCAGGAGGUUCCGCAGUAACAGAAGAAGAGAUUCGUGUGGCUGAGGAGAAGUUUGAAGAGUCAAAACAGCUCACUGAAACUGCCAUGUACAACCUGCUGGAGAACGAUGUGGAGCAAAUAGCCCAGUUGCAAGCAUUUGUGGAUGCCCAGACAGAGUACCACAGACAGGCCCUGGACAUUCUACAGGAGCUUGGGGAAACCCUAGAGUCAAGGAGGAAUGAGGCAGCAUCAAGACCAAAGUCAGAGCACAUUCCAAAGCGUGUAGGAUCAUUCAGCUCAGUCAACCGAAGUCGCAGCCCUUCCCCGUUCAGAGGAAGUGACACUGGCAGUUACAACUUUAACAAUGCCCCCACUUAUGCUUCCACAGUUGAGGAGACAAAUAACUUGAAUGUCCCACCAACUGCAAGCCGUGUAUCAAGACCUCUAUACUCUCAUAAGACAAGUCAAAAGCCAUGUGCAGAGGCGCUCUAUGAUUUUGACCCAGAAAAUAUUGGCGAGCUAGGCUUCAAGGAGGGAGAGAUUAUCAACCUUGUUACUCAGAUUGAUGAGAAUUGGUAUGAGGGAGAGCUUCGAGGGACCACUGGAUUCUUCCCAAUCAACUAUGUCAAAGUUGUUGUUCCUUUGCCAUAAAAUUGGAUAGCAUGAUUCAAUUGCAUUUCUGUGUAAAUUAUUAUUUUUUGGUAAUGAAAUUUGGAUAGAAAAUCUAAAUCAGAUACAGACACUAUUGAAAGAGGACAUAUUGAGAUAUCUGAAGUUUUAAUUGAGUUUUCAGUAUAACAAAAUAGUGUGUUGAUGCUAUAACGCUGCUGUUAUGGAAGAGUUUGAUGUAGAAUUUUACUGCCAUUAGAACUAUUAUGGAGUGUGAUCAUUUAGGCAUUGAAUUAUGAUGUGAAUGAUUUUUAAGAUCUUAAAAUAGAUGCUUUCUUUGUGAAAAUGCUUGUUCACUCUCUGAUGAACAAUGGUGUUGGUUAGGCCCUUUGUGCAUAAUUAAUAUAUAUUUAAUGUCAAGUAAAGUGUAGUUAUCAUACUCCUGUUCUGUUGACCAGAAUUAUAUUAUGCAAUUCUUUUUUUUGUUGAUCAUUUGCAUUUACAUGUACCAUGGAUUGUUUCAUUGUUUAAAUGUAUGAAUGAAUAAAUCGAACAAAUGUAUCAAGAAAAAAUGGGUAUAUAAUGGUAAGUUUGAUUUAUUUCAUAACCCAUUUUAGCUAAAUUGGCAUGUCAAAUUACCAGAAUUGUAUGCAUGAAUUAAAUAAGUUUGAGUAUAUACACAGAUGUAUUUAUAUGAUUUGUCUAUAUGAAAUUUAUGUCAUAGUAUUAAGGUCAAAUAUUCAUUUAACCAUUCCAUGUAUAUAUAAACUUUUAAGUAGUAGAUUUAAAAUCUAAAGAUAGACCCUAUAUUAUAAAAAAAAUAAAGUAUAAGCUUGUCAUCAAAAACAAUGUUUGCUUCUUUUUUUUAUAAAUUUAAGUCUCUCAAUUAUAUUGAGCAUUUUUUCCAUUGAAGUUGGAUGUGUGAAAAAGGAGUUUGUUUAUUGUAAAAGUAAAUGGGUAAGAAUGAUAAUAACCAAAAAAAACCUAUUCAGCUUAUGUGCAAUUUCCCUCAUGAUAUAACAAUAUUUGCUCAGUUUAAAGUAAAACAUACCUUGUGUUGUACAGAAACAUAUGAAUGCCCACAUUUAAACCAGAUCUACUCACAUUUUUAUAGAUUAUACAGUGUGUCAUUACAUUUACAAGAAUAUAUUAAUGUUUGAAGCCUGAAUUGUUUAUUAUUGUAUUAAAAAAAUAUCAUAACCCUUGUACCUCAAUAUAUUAUUUGCACCAAACUAGUGUUUUUUUUCCCUUUGACCAUUUUUUGUUGUUUUCUUGCAAGUUUUGUCAUUUAUUUAUUUCAUACAAUCUGUAAACAGAAAAAUAUUACAACAAUCAUGUUCAAUUUUCAAUUCAGUAUUCACAUAUUAUGAUUUAUUUGAUAUACCGUGAAUCAUUGCAGAUUGAAAGGUACUUCUAAGUAGGUCAGCAGCUGACAUUUAUUUGAAUUAUAUAUGUAUAUGUGAAAUUCUUUAUGUAUAGGUAAGGUAAAAAAACCUACAAAAAAGCGCAUAAUGUCUAGCAUGCAUACUUCAUGUGAAUUCUCCACAAAUUGAAAGUUCUCAUUUAGUUUCUUAUAUGGUAUAGUGGCUCUUGUAUAAAAAUGGAAUCUAUUUUUUUUGUAAUUUAUUUAUCUAGGCCUAGAUUUCAAAAGUGGGUUUGUUAACUGUUUAUGAAUAAAACUUCUUUGUCAGUUAGUACUUUUUCAUUGUGAUGUAAAAUUAAUGAUAUAAAAUAUUUACAUUUGCAAAUACUUUCAGAGAAAUAUUACCCAACAUGAUCUGUUUGAUUUAUUGUUUUGUUUUGAAAUUAUUCAUUAUUGAUUGUCUUGCACCGCUUUUUUCAUACCCAAUUUUUGUUCUCGGUCUGUUUUGGCAUUAUGUUUAUAUGUCUUUCCCUUAACUUUGUUCUGUUUUGUUAGCUGUCUCUUGUCUUUGUAUGUUUAGUUUUUAAUUCCAUUGUUUAUUUGUUUAUUAUUAUCAAAAAAAACUGGCGGACUUUUUUCUGAGAAUUUUCUUGGCUGAUUUUUCACUUAAUUUCAGGAUUAUUAAUAGAUCAGUUUAAAACAGUUUGAAACUCUUUCUGCAUAUUGGUAAAAACAUUUCUAAAUGAUCACAUUUUGCUUCUUUAAAUGGGAUUAAACAUAUUUGCAACUUCAGCUUUUAUUAAACUUAAAAGCUUUAGUAUCAAGAUAAUUAAGACAAACCAUUUUAGUAUCUACUUGUGGGUAUCAUAGAAAGCUUGAAUCAUCAUAUAUCUUCUGUUCUGUUUUGAUAUUCCCUGUCCUGUUCUGCCAGUUCUGUUUUAGGUGAUGCGUUUUUACUACUUUGAUGUUUUAAACACUUUGAUCUAUAUUGUGCAUGCUGUCUUUUUUCUAAUUAGCUGUUUACAAGGGCCCUUCUCAUUAAAGGAUCUUAGUCAAACUUCAAAAAAAAUAAAUCUGUAGAAACACAGAUAAAACAAGCAGAUCUGUUUCAUUGUUCCAACAUUGUUUUCAACAGGAUUACUGUGUGAAUAUACAGGGAAAUAACAUAGGUGAUAAAUGUUUGUUUGAGUGUAAGAUGUCAAUAUUUUUCACCAGGUGAGCUCCAAAAGUUUUAUUAUCUUGAUGUUUACUAUUAAUAUUCUUGAGGUGAAAUACAUAGCAUUUUUACACUAAAUGAUCAAUUUUUCAUUUUGUUUCAUGCUUGUUAUAAAAAAAGAUAUUUAAUUGACAUUUAUUUGGAAAAUCCCGGUUUAUUUUACCUAAAUGACAUCAUAAUGGAAAUCUUCUUCCCAGCACUGUGAACAAUUAUGAUUGUUACUAAAAGUGAAACCGGCUAAAUUUUUAAAAACAGUAAGAUUAUAUUUAACAGUCAGAGUUGAUAAAUGUUAUAAUUUGUUCUCAUUUCUCAUUAAACCACUGAAAAGCAUGAAAUUAAAUAUGAAAAUUUUGCUUGUGUCUAAAACCUUAAAUGAAAGUGGGCCAUGAACUUAAAAAGAAAUGGAAAACGUUUUAGAUUUUGGCUUCACAAAAGCUAAUGUAUGUAUAUAUAUUUAAACUAUCAAUUAAUUUAAUUUGAUUAAGCAAUCCUCAUUGCUUUGAGCUCAUGCUGCAAAUUAUGUUGACUCAAAAAUUUGUUUAGUAUGUACUAAUACUUUUCAUUUAUGAUAACUUCAUUAUCAAAGUUCAUACAUUUCAUGGUAUGUUUCUUUUAGACGCUAAUAUGUUAGGACUUGAAACAAAAUAAAUAGUUUCCCCUAAGAUGCUUUAUAGUCUGUUAUUGUUAUGAAGUAUGGAUUUAAUGCCUAAACUUGAUACAGACACCUUGGAAAGAGUUCAUAUUAGGUGUACCAGAAGUAUCAGGAAAAUAUAAUAUUUUACAUGAAUUGCUGAACCUGUUUUUUUUAUAAAUUAGUUUAAGCAGCGUAAGAAGUUUGUUUUAUUAGCAAUUUACUUGAUUGUUAAAAAUAUAUAUUCAUUGAGGGAUGUAUUAAAUACAAAUAAAAAUCUUACUGUCAAAGUUAUGCUGUAAAGUGGAUUGUUAAAAAAACAAAACAAUGAUACUUAGAAAAAAGAUUUUAAAAUUGUUAUGCUUGAUGGAUUUUUUUGUUUGUUGUGUGUAACAUUUUUUUUAUUUAAAUACUUCAAUAUGUAUAAAUUACAAUACGAAAAUGAGUUAUAAAUACUAUACUUGUGAAACGGAAUGUUGUUUUAUUUCUUUAUUUGAUUUAUUAACUUCUUCAUGGCAGAAUUCAAUAUUUUAAGCAAAUGUGUUGAAUUGAUAUUCCCAGCCAGAUACGGCAAAGAAGAUGGCAUGAAUAUCAUGAGUUGGUUAAUUAUUUCAAUAUGGCUGCAGAGUGAUGGACUCUUAUAAACUUUUGAUUAUCCAGGAUAUGAGAUAUGAGUCUAUUUGCAAGUGUUUGAAAUAAAAGGUUAUUGAAUAGAGUGUAGCAUUUACUUUGAUCAAUUAACCUAGAUUUUGACCAAACGUUACCCUGUUGCAACUAAAUAAAAUAGUUCAUCAAUGCAAACAUCCUGAUUAAGUAUCAUGAAGGUUGGGUUAGAAAUAUUGCAAAUCUAUAAGAUUGGGGCAGAUAUAUUGCCUUUGUUCUCAAUAUUUCACUCAUAUUUGACCUAGUGGCCCAGUUUUGACCCCCAUGUGACCCACUUUUAAAGUUUACCAAGAUUUCAUCAAGGGGAACAUUCUGACCACAGUUUGAUCAGUCUGACCCAUCAUUACCAGUAUUCCGGACAUGAUUUGUUCAAAGAUUUGACCUAGUGACCUAGUUCCUAACAUCAUGUGACCCAGUUUUGAACUAGUCAAUCGUUUUAUCAAGGCAAACUUUUUGAUUAAGCUUCAUAAAUAGUGGACAUUAUUAAUUGUAUGUUCUUAUUAUUAUACUAAGGUUUUACAAUAAUUUAAUGCAAAACGGUACGAGAAUUUUGAGUGAAAAGCUACGGUGUUCAACUAUACUUGUUUACUCCAAUAAACGUUCAAAAGAA